AUGAUUAAUUAUUUUCUCCGAACAGAAAAUGACACCACUGAAGAGUUUGGAUUGGAUGAAGAAAAUGAUGAUAAUGACGUCAUAAAUUAUACGCCAGACCAACUUAUUGAUGAAAUUCCAUUUGAUCCUCACUCUCACAAUCUUAGUGAUGAUGAUGAAAGUAUAUUAAAUUCAACAAAAUCAGAUUUUAAUGGAAUAAGAAUAGUUGACAAUAUUAAUCCAGCUCUAAGACAAUCGUAUUUCAAGGUGAAAAUAAAUAACAAUAUUAAGUAUCUUCACAAACAAUCAGCCUGCUGGUUGCAAUCGAACCAGAUAACGAAAUUAUCAAGUGAUCGUUUAUCUCGUGUCAUGCAACAGACAUCUGAUCAUAAUUAG